AUGUCUAUAACCGAAGACUCUAACCUUUUGAUCGCCCCUGGAUCUCUCGUGGUCGUAACGGGUGCAAAUGGGUAUAUCGGAUCUCAUAUUGUGGACCAGUUUCUGCAACGAGGUUACCGGGUCCGUGGUACUGUCCGUAAGGCUUCUAGAGAUCGAUGGCUGAAAGACCAUUUCGACGGAAAAUAUCCGGGCAAAUUCGAGUUGGUCGAAGUGCCCGAUAUGGUAGCGAGCGGUGCAUAUGACGAGGCCAUCAAAGGGGCUUCUGGCUUCGUACACGCCGCGGCUCCUGCUAUGGAUGCGAUGGAAAGCGCCGAUCCCUACGCCAGAGUCAAAAUCGUAGUGGAUAGCACGGUAUGCGCCCUAGAGUCAGCCGCAAAAGAGCCGGGGAUAAAACGAGUCGUCUUAACAUCCUCUUCUGGGGCGGCGGUGUUUCCUAUUCCUAACAAGGUUAUGUCGAUUGAUCCAAACACCUGGAACGAAUACUCAGUUAAGGAGGCAUUCGCCCCGCCACCAUACGAAGGCGAGAAACGUAUGGUGGAUGUCUAUUAUGCCAGCAAGACUAAGGGCGAGCAGGCGGCAUGGGAAUGGAUUCGUGAACACAAACCUCAUUUUACAUUCAAUGCGGUCCUACCCGACUUUAAUACGGGAGCACCCAUUAAUGUAGCUCGACAGGCUUCUCGCAGCACGGCGGGUAUGAUCAGGGUCUUGAUAGACAAAGGUGAAGCCUUGACACCGGAGGAUGUGGUAUUCCCGCCACAGUGGUAUAUUGAUGUCCGUGAUGAUGCCGCAUUGCAUGUGGCUGCAUUAAUCUAUUCGGACGUGGCAGGCGAACGCCUUUUUGGCUUCGCUUACCCUUUUACCGUUAACGAUGUCAUCCGAACGCUGAAAGCGUUAUAUCCGAAUCACAAAUUCGGACAGGAGAUCUCUGAUGCAGGUCAAGAUCUAUGCAGUGUCACAAACGAGAGAGCUGAGGAGCUGCUGAAGCGACUCACUGGUCACGGAUGGACGAGCUUGGCUGAUGGUCUAAAGGAUACUGCUGAAGCAUUGGGGAUUCAUUAG